AUGGUAUGGUCUAAUGAGAAAGAUCUCACACUUCUAAAGGAAGUUGCAGCAGAAGGUGUACUGACACACAAACAGAGGUCCCGGGAACGUGGUGCACAGUGGCAGAAUGUUGCAGAUAAUAUAAGUGGGUUGGGCCACGAAGUCACAUCAAGGGCAGUCAGAGAUCACUUCAACAUGAUGACCAAGAAGUAUCGAGCAAGAAUGGCACGAGAGGAUAGAUCGACAGGGGAAGGUGGUGAUGAACUCACAGAGCAGGAGCGCUUGUUGGAAGAGCUGAUUGACAUUGAAGAUGAAACUGAACGACAGGUAGAGAGUGAAAACGAAGUAAGAAAUCAGAGGAUUGAGCAAGAAAGAGGACAAGCCUUGGAAAUGAGAGAAAGGGCAAUGGAAAGAAUUGGACAAACAAAGAAGAGAACUGCAGGGACAAGUGAAACUGCUGGACAAGUACAAAAGAGAAGAAGAUCUGGUGAUAUGAUGGAAUGGCUACAACAAAGAAUAGAAGUGGAGAAAGAAGAAAAAGAGGCAAAGCAGGAAGAGAAGAGAGCAUAUAUGGAAGGGCAACAGAGGCAACACAUGGAAACUUUGCAGCUGAUGCAGCAAACCCAGCAGCAAUUUAUUAUGCAGAUGAAGCUAUCGGAGCAGUACUUUCAGCAACAAGUGCAAAUGCAACAACAGCAGCAACAGCAGCAGAAACAAGAAUUCAGUUUUAUGCAGCAGCAAAUUGUUUCCUUGAUGCAGCAACAGCAACAACAAACACAAAUGUUGGUGAACAUGUUUAAAAAAUAG